AUGGCCCUCUCCGCACCUAGCACGGACCCCCAGGUCCUCAUCGCCGAAGAAACAAGCCCCGAGCAAACAUUCAACACCUUCACAGCCAGCACGGCCUGGACCCUAGGCUCCGCGCUCCGCGAACGCAUCCUCAACCUUCCUGACGACCAGCGCAGGCCGGCGCUGAUCUCCAUCGCCCUCGCCACUGCGACCAGCGGUGGCGGGUCCUUGCACGUCCUCUUCCAGAGCGCCACGGAUAGUGGAACAAUCCCGGAUAACGAGAACUGGGUGCGUCGGAAGCGGAACACGGUCCUGCGAUGGGGUGUUUCCAGCUGGGCGAUGCGGCAGAAGGUGGUUUCGGGUGCUGGGAGUAGAGCGGCGGAUGUUGUCGAGGCCGCGUUCGUGAAGAAGCAUGCGCUGUCUAGUGCUAAUGGCGGCGCUGUUGCGGAUGAAUACGCUAUCCACGGUGGUGGAUAUCCUAUUCGGGUUAAGGGGGUUGAGGGUGUUGUUGCCGUUGUUGUUGUUAGUGGGUUGAAGCAGGAGGAUGAUCAUCAGGUCGUGGCUGAGACUAUCCGGGAUGUUAUUGCCAAGGGGAACUAG